ACACCUCUCCCACACUCUUAAUCCAACCAACCAAAAGGAAUCCCACCUCAAAACUCAACUCUUCUCCAAUUCCAUCUCCUCCUUCUAUACUUUCACACUGUAAUUCCUUCUUUAUACCAAAAAUAAUAUCAUCUUUGAUAUAUAUAUAUAUAUAUAUAUAGCCACAAAUUUCACUUCUCAUCAAUCUGACUGGUUUGUUUUGGGUGUGAUGGGUGUGAGCACCAGGUGUUCCCAUACUUCCCACAUCACCGAGAUCAUCAUCACCAGCUUCUUUCGGCACAAGAGGAUUUAAUCAAACAAAAAACAUAUACUAUAUUUCAUAUAUACUAAUUCACUAAAAAGUUAAGUCGUUAUUAACCAAGUUUGACCAAUCUUUAUGGUUGAUUGAAAAAGUAUUCAGGUUUGUUGUACGUAUAAAAGGCCGGGUUGACAUGGCAGCUCGGAGUUUUCUUUUUGGUGGCGGUGAUGGUCAGGGAACAACAAAAAGGCUUCAUGGCUCUUCUACUCUUAAUCCUCUUGAUUCUUUCUUGGUUUCAAGAUCCGCUCAUUUCCAAGGUUCCCGGUCAAUGGUUAGUUUUGGAGAUAAAGGAAGUGGAUCCAGGGGGCACUGUUUUCAAUCGUUUGAUCACGAAGAAAAUGGAGAUGAUGAUUAUGAUGAUUACUUGCACCAGCCUGAAAAGAAAAGGCGGCUCACAGUUGAUCAAGUCCGGUUCUUGGAGAAAAGUUUUGACUUAGAUAACAAGCUAGAGCCAGAACGCAAGGUCCAGCUUGCAAAAGAGAUCGGACUGCAGCCUAGGCAGGUUGCCAUUUGGUUUCAAAAUCGCCGAGCACGUUGGAAGAAUAAGCAACUUGAGAAAGACUAUGAUGAUUUGCAAGAGAAUUACAAUAAACUUAAAGCCCACUACGAUAAUCUUGUUAAAGAGAAGGAAAAACUGAAAUCCGAGGUUGAGGAAUUAAGCGAUAAAUUGAUUCUACAUGAGAAGGGAACUUCAGAUUCAUCAAGCACUAGAAGCCCGUUUGAGCCAGAACUAUGUAAAACACAUGUUGAUCACGGGUGUGAAGAAGAUAUAUCCAAAACCAUGAGCACGGAAUAUGGGCAAAACGGUACUAUCAUAGAGAAAAGCGUCGUGGCUGACAAAGAGGUUUACAUGUCUCUCUUAGAACGAGUUGAUUCAUCGUACGUAUAUGAACAAGAACAAAGUGAUGGAUCAUUGGAUGAAGAAAAUAACUUGAGCACAAUGUUUCAACCUUUGGUGGGUGAUUACACAUUACCAAAGGUUGAAAAUGGCGGAUAUGCGGAGCCACAUUCGGUGAACUCUUAUUACCUCGGGCUCCCUGGAGAUGAUCAAGCCUUCGGUUUUUGGUCAUACUGAGUCAACUCAGUGGUGCAUAACUAACUCAAUUGAGUUUCAGUAGCUCAAUGAUGUUGGUUGUUUGUGAUUUACUUGUACUUUAUUUUUGUAUCUAAAGGUUUAUGUUUGCUAAAAAUAAGCGAUGAUAACGUUGUGAAUUAUCCAUAAAUUAUUUGUAAACUAUGUUAUGAUAUGUAUUUUAUUUUGUUCA